AUACCUUAUCCUAUAUCUUACAUCUUUAAGCAUUAUUUUACCUGUUGCAUCGAGAGUAAAAGUGAAAGUGUGUUUAUGAUAUACAAAUCGUAAUAUAAAUCGUUCAAUAUUUGUUCGUCAGUCAUUUACACACUGCACUAUGAGCAAUAAGUCAAUUUUAAUAAUACUCUUAGGGUCAAUAUUGAUCAACUUUUCCGACAGCGUUGUGAAACGAUGUUUCAGUUGUCGUUCCCGUGGAGAUUUAGGAAGCUGUAAGGAUCGAUUUAAGUACACCAACCUCACACAGAUCAGCUUAGAAUCCGGUAUUGGAGUGGAAGCUGUGCCUUGUGCCUCGGGAUGGUGUGGGAAAAUAAUCGAGACACGAAAUUCUGAUGCCAAAGAACAAGAAUUCGAUACUGCAACACAAAGGACGUGUUUGCAAAGAGGACCUUCAGAUGGAGAAGAACGUUGCGAUGAUACUAUGUGGGAGUAUAAAAAAGUUUUUAUGUGUUUUUGCCAUGGUGAUCUCUGUAACAAUGCACCAGCAUCUUCCAAAAGUUUUAACUUUUAUCUUUUAAUGUUAACUCUUGUAAUCCCAAUUAUACUUGCUCAGUUGAUUAUUUGAUAGGUAUUUUAAUAAAAAAAAUAAUGGUUUCCAAAACAAACUCGUAAAAUAUUUAUAAAAAUAAUAUGUGUAAAUAUUGCAAUUUGCAAAUACCCUAUACUAAUUUAUAUUUUACAAAAUAAAUCU